CAGGGGCUACAGGGAAAUUAAGGAAAAGGAGAACAGGGAAACCAACAUCUCUUUCGCAUCUACCGAAAGCUCGAAUAUCUGCGAAACCGUUCGGAGGUGAAUUGCAUUGAAAGGCAGCUAUCAUGGAGAAGAAUUCAAAAUCAAGCGGGAGGAAACGCCAAAGAGAUGAAGAGAUCGAAGCGGAGGGUAGAGAAACAGAUGAAUCCUCGUCACUCGAAAGCACUCUCACAUUUAGUGAUACAUUGAUAGCUCUCAGAAUAAUGCGUGCUCAGUUUCCACAAAUUGAUAAGGCUUCAAUUCAGCCCUUCAUUUUACGUUCACAAUUGUAUAGCAGCGUAAAAGACAGAACACAGGUGGAUAGGGAAUUAGAGUCACUGAAGGAGGAGAAAGUUUUGCGGGUAUUCAAGCUAAAUACUGGGCAAGAUGAUAAUGCCGUAAUGUUCAUGGAUGAUUAUUUGGCCCAGAUAGGUCUUGUGAUGAGGCGGUUGGAAGCCAAAAACCAGGACAAAAUUGCUGUUUUUGAAUGGUUCAAGACAUAUGUUAUUGCUUCCAAGCUUGAGCCUAGUAUAGAACAUGAAGAACUGUGUUCGCUCUUAUCAUUUGGGGGAAUGGUGAAUGAUGAACACAUCUCUCUCUUGAUCAAUGCUGGUCUUCUUACUCGUCAGCUAAUUGAUUCGAACAUGUACUGGUUUGCUAUUCCAAAUAUUGGCUCAAUACUCAAGGGUCUUUCUCAGGGAAGAAAAGAGCUCCUAUCAUUCCUUAACCGUAGGAAAUACAAAGAAAUGUUGCUUGCCCCUUUGGAGAAGAAGCGGCUUCGCAUGUCUCUACUUGAUAUGCGCUUUCAUCUUCGGGAUCUAAUUGGCUCUGGGCACCUUAAAACACUCCAGACCCCAACUGGCUUGGUUGUUCGUAUCUCUAGGGAUUGAGAAUACAAGGUACCAUGGCCCAUGGGAUACGUCGAAGAGGAUUUUAAUGGGGAAAUACUAUUUGCAAGUCUCCAAGAAUGGGGUUUAUCAGAUUCUGAUAUUCAACUGUGAAAAUUUUCGACAGACAUGGUCCAAGUGAUGGCUACAAUUAGCGGCUGAACUGUGAAAUCUUUAUUCAUAUGGUUAUUCUUUUCAUUUCUUCUGUUUUCAGCAGAUGAGUUGGGAGAAGUGUCCAUAUGGUUGUGGUGUCAUUGUAGUCACCAAACCAAUGGAGGCAGCGAUUGGCUUUAAGAAAAUCACCAAAGCUGCAAUGCACUGACUGUUUCCACCCUUAUUAUUUGCUUUUGCCUUCAGCUAACAAGAUCAGCAAGGGUGAGAGAUUGGGUUUUUUAAGCUUGAGUGAUGAUUAGAGCUAUCUAUAUAUCAGAUCUUAAUUUUAGUCCCACAUGAAUUCAAUCCAAAAUUUGGAUUAAGGUGUACUCUUAUGUAAUUCAAUUAAUUAUCUGGUCUUUUUGUAAUGAAUAUUUUUAUAAGAUCAAAUAUAGAUAUACCCAUGUCCACUGUAUUAUUAAACUUUUUUUUUUCUUUUGGUAUAAAUCCCUUAAUAUAGUAGCCAUUAUUGUCACUGUUGUAAUGAUCUUUUUCUAAAGAUAAUUUUAUAUUCUUAAGAAAUAAUUUUGUAUUUAUC